AUGGCCACGUUCACGGAGACGGAGAUUACUCCCCUCUUCGUAGUCGUGCCAGCGCCGGAUGCCAUUGGCCCCCGCGCCGCCGCCGCCGCCGUCGCCGUCGCCGCGGCGUCUUCAGUCGUGCCAGCGCCGGAUGCCAUGGACCCGCACGCCGCCGCCCUCGCCGCGGCGUCCGUGAAGAUGGAGGAGUUCCGCCGCAACAUGCUCGACUACACCGAGAAGAUGACCAGCCUUGGAUUGAUACCCUCGCGGCCACCACCCAAGCGGUGGUUCCCGGGCCUCGCUGGGUGGUUCUCGCGCCUCGCGCGGCUGUGGCGCCUAUUCUUGGUUCGAAUAAAUCCCAACUUCAUCCGCAUCCGCCCCAAUCAGCCGAUGGAUUUCGAAGAUAUCGACAUUCUUCAACGACGAGGAUUGCCGGGCUGCUUCGAGAAAUUAGCUAUGGAUCGCCAGCUUGUCAAGGAUUGCCUGGACCACUACAACCGUGAGCAUCCGGGCAAUGACUAUGAGCCUGUUCUUGGCAACGUGUCCCGGAAUCCCCAUUUGCACAAUGGCAUUUGCUGGACCCAUGGGAACUUCGUGGCUCGGAAGAAGGGCUCUGGUGUCUUCUCGUUCCUUACUGCUCCACGGUCUGUCUUCUUCUACGAGCUUGCUUACAUGAAUGGUUUCCGUGGAGUUGUUACAUGCACCCCCGUAGGACCCGUGCUAUCAUAG